CUUCAACUCAACUCACCAACCGAACCAAUCAACCAAUCAUCACUACUUAACUUUUAAUUACCAACUAAAACCUAUAUACUUUCUCACUUUUUCAUUCAUCCAAUCCAAUCCAUUCGAUUCCUUUCUUUACCUUUCUUAUAAUCUUAAUCAAUCAAAUCUCUUUGAUCUUCUUGUCCUCUCAUGGACUCACUACAUCCAUCUCUAUCCACUGCAUUACCUCUUCAUGGAUAUGAUGCUGAACAGGUUCUUCAGGCACCCUUUCGUGCUGCUGCACUUGGAAUUGCUACUUUUUAUAAACGAGCUACUGAGAAUGGUAGGAAAGCUUAUUCAUUAGGUUAUGCAGCGGCUCUUCAGGACGUUUUGGAAUAUCUACAGGCCGGACUUGACCAUGGAACUGAUUUACCAAGACCUCAACGUUCGGAACAACGGAUGGCACUCACCAUCGAAAGGGUCAUGGAUUAUAUUGAGCGACGUCAAGAAGCCUUACGAGCCGAAUCUGCAGAUUCAGGUGAAGAUGAAGCUAUGAACCAUUCGAACUACAAUGCUCAACAGACCCGCUUCGCACCCUCAACUUCAUCAACUGCCUCUACAGUUCCAGCUCAAGCAUCUCAACCUAAAGAUCCAGCUAGAUCGCCUGCACCUAAUGAUCAAGCCUCUAAUCCGCAAGCUUCUGUCCGACCUCCUUCUGUUUCGACUUCUACUCAAUCUCUUGCACCUCAGCCUGGCGAAUCCACUCGACGUACUUCACCACGUCGUCCCACCCCACCUCAUACUCAUUCUCUACGACCUGCAUCUGCAGCUCCUGCGCCUCGCUCUACAGGCUCUUCAUCGGUCCCACCCACUUCUACUAGCACUUUGACCACUCAAACUGUCAUAUCCCCUUCUACUUUACAACCUCCACCGACAAUAAAUUACAACUUUAGCCCUGCCACACCUUUUCCACCUCAAUUCCAUCCACAUCAUCAAUCCCAACAUGUGACUAAUUCGAGCAAUGCGAUUCUAAGUAGGAGGAUUAGAGGAACCACUGAAGGACGUAAAGGAAAAGCCAAAGAAAGAGUGACGGAUAGAGAAAGAAGUACGACGAGUGGUGGGACUGAUUUAGUUAGCUCAGUUGUUGAAUUGUUACCGGAAUCAGUUAGGAAUCCAGAAGAAAGUUUUCGAAAGAGAAGGUAUCCUAUUGAUCAUCCUACUUCACCUUCACAAACUAGAAUGGUAAACAUGGUAGAAAACUCUGUUGAUGAAAGGAAUGGUGAAGAUGAAGAUGAAGAUGUUGGAAAUCAACAUGAGAUGAUGAUGGAUGUGGUGAAUGAGAGACCAAGUAAAAGACAUGCUACUAUUAGAAGACCUCAUUAGAACUUGUCUUGAUCUUUCAACAAGAUCAAUUUAAACCUCUCUAUCUCUCCUCUUAUGCGUAAGCAGGCGAAAGCUUCUUUUUUUGGGAGGGGGAGGGAGCAUUUGUAUACUCUGUUAUAAAUCUUUUUUUGUCUAUCUGGGUGUUGAGAAUGAACAAAACUUUUAUACAAACUUGGUCUAGUUUUUUUUGACUUUUUUUGAUUUUGGUUUCUUUUUUUGCUUUGGUUUAUUGCCUUUUUUUCAUUUUUUUUGGUGGCAUUUCAUUCUAUAAUUGUU